AUGAGGAAAGCUAACACCGCAAUCAAAACAGAGAAAAAUGUUUGCCCGACGGUGGAUGAUAUUAUCUUGACGUUAAACGGCGCAACGGUAUUUUCACUUCUAGAUCUGUACAAAGCUUUCCAUCAAAUUGAAUUGGAUGAAGCAUCACGUGUAAUGACAACGUUUCAGACACAUAUUGGACUGUUUAGGCAUCCACAUGCAAGACACGAAACAAAUACAGUAGCCGAGCAGUAUAUCAGCUUUAUUACUGAUAACGCUUUGCCAGACGUAUUUAAGCUGUCAGAUGUAGCAAAAGCUACCGAAACAGACUGUAUAUUAAGCUGUGUAAGAAAUGCGUUAGAACAAAAUGACUGGAAAACUCAAAAAUGCAAAUUAGACGAAAGUUUUCGGUUAUACGAGAAUUUGAAUAAAAAUCAAGAACUUGCAGUUGCAUAUACGGAAGACGGAUUUGUGCUUUUACGGGACCCGAUCAAACCAACAUUACUUCCACGAGAUGUGUUUUCUGAAGUCAGUUGUGACUUUUGUGGACCAUUUCCAGACGGUUACAUGUUAUUAGUUGUUAUAUGUGACUACAGUAGAUUUUCAGUAGUUGAAAGAAUCAAAUCGACAGCCGCAGAUACAGUCAUACCGCGAUUAGAGGCGAUCUUUUCGAUAUUCGGAUAUCCAGAUGUAGUGAAAACGGACAAUGGACCUCCGUUUCAAAGUCGAGCAUUCAGAGAAUUAGCUGAUAAUUCGGGAUUUAAACAUAAAGGAAUUACUCCAUUGCACCCACAGGCAAAUGGAAUAGUUGAGAGAUUUAUGGCGCCACUGCAAAAAGCAAUCAAAACAGCGAUAGCGUCCAGACAAGAUUAUAAAAGAGCGUUAAGUAGAUAUCAUAUGAAUUUUCGGAACACACCACAAACAAAUACACAAACAGCUCCUAGUGAAUUAAUGUUCAAUCGUAAACUAAAGACAAAAUUACCAAAGAUGACAUUUGACAACAAAGAUACAGAUAUUCGAGACAGGGACAGUCUAUCAAAAACGAAAAACAAAAUAUAUGCUGAUAAGAAACGUAGAGCUCAGCGAAAUAAUUUGAAACUGGGAGAUCGUGUGCUAUUAAAACGGGAACAGCGGAAUAAGUUUGAAACAGCGUUUGACCCUACCCCCGGGAUAAUCAUCGCUAUGAAAGGAUCUAUGCUUACAAUCAAACAUAAAGGUAAAGAAAUCACACGGGACGUUUCCAAGUUAAGAUAUGUUCAUGGAGAUCAAGAGCCGGUGCAGACGAAACCUGCAGAUAAUACAUCUUUACCUAGAAAUAGGCCACAGAGGAAACGCCGACCGCCGAGACGUUAUGACGAUUAA